CACAGAUAGACAACUGCUAUCUGACUCCACAGGCAAGACUUAUGGCCUGAGUGGUUGAGGUUAGACGUCACACUCUGCAUCAGCAUUAUUGGGAAUCGACUAGAAAACACAUGAAAGUGAAUGCAGAGCGAAGAAUAUGAAAAAGAUAUAUAUUGGGAAAACAGCACUCAAAGCCGGGAGAAAUGGUUGCAAGCAUCAGAAAAGAAGUUCUCUACAUGAUCACAAGGAUGAUCUUCGCAAGCGUCUGUCUUACACCACCCACAAACUAGAGAUGGUGGAGUCUGAGUUUGACUCCACCCGUCAGUACCUGGAGACGGAACUCCGUCGAGCCCAGGAAGAGUUGGAGAAAUUCACUGACAAACUACGCAGGAUCCAGAGCAGUUACGCAGCUCAACAGAGGAUCAAUCAAGACCUUGAGGACAAGGUGCACAGGACGUCCCAGCACCAUGAGGAUGAGAAAAGAGCGCUGAGUCGAGAGAUUAUCGUCCUCAACAAUCACCUCAUGGAGGCCAAGAUCACCAUUGAAAAGCUCAGAGAGGACAAUGACCUGUACAGAAAGGACUGUAACCUGGCAGCACAGCUCCUACAGUGCUCCAAGUCACACCACAGAGCCCACAAGCUAUCUGAGCUGCCCAUUGACUUCCAGGAGCGGGUGAGCUCCCACAUGGAGAAGCAAGGCCGGGGCGUCACCAUGGCGCUGUGCCACUCGCCCUACUCCGACGCUGUGCCCACCGCAGUCAUCGCCAAGGUGCUAGAGAAGCCGGAGCCGGGCAGCAGCUGCCCCAACACCCGUUCGCCCAGCCCCCAGCCAUUGGAGGAUGAGGGCCAUGACCAUAACUUUGUGCCCACUAGCGCGGGCGGCGCCACCGAAAGCCUCCGGCGCCGCACAGCUUACCGCACAUCGGACCUGUACUGCAGCGACACAGCCCUCUACUGCCCCGAGCGCUGGCAGGAGCGCAGACAGAGCGUGGAUGUCCAUGCCCGCCCCAUGGGUCUUCUCCUCCAGUCCCAGAACUCCACAGACUCCAACCCCGAGGAGGAAGCCUUCCAUUCGGGUAACUUCUCCCAUCACGGUGCCCACUCCUUCCAUGGAGAGUUUGCCGCGGGCUCCUUGAGGGCCUCUAGCUCCUACUCCAGCUUCAGCCAGGCAUCGGAAGACGAGAAGGGCGGGGAAGGCUGCGGCGGUGGCCCCAGUAGCACCAUGUCCUCCUCUCACCAUGGGCUCUACAUGGACUGGCGGGAUGGAGGUUACGGCGAGCGAAAGAGCACCUCAUCCUAUGAGAAGGACAGCCCUCCUGGCCACAGCAUCUUCCCCAAAUCCCACAGCUUCCAGCACAUGGCAAUGCCGCCUUCCCCCAGCCCUGCGAAAGGCGGCGGUGGCUCUUCACCGGCUUACGUUUGCACAGCAUCUUGCGGCUACAGUGAGCCCUACCACUCACCGCUCAUCGCAUCGUCACACAGUGUGGGCUCAGCCCAGGGAGGAGGACCCCGUGAUGUGGAGCGCUCCGAUAGUCAGGCCAGCAUGGUCAGCAUGGGUGUCCCCACCGAGGAGGAACUGACUGGACGCUGGAGGCAGCUGAGCGUAGAGGACAUCAACUCGUACUCCUUCAACCGCAGCCCUGGCCGUGUGUCUCCCUACAGCUUCUCCGAGCAGCACUUUGCCAUGGGCCCGGCCAAGAUUAAACUGGGGCCUCUCUACAGCAGCUUCCAUGAGGGGGACGACAACGUCUUCCUCCACAGCCAUGUGCUGGACCAGUGCUUGGCUGCUGCCGCCAGUGGUGGCCUCUCACCCAGCCCCAGUCCCAGUCCCAAACACCCCAGCCUGGGCCUGCGAGGCAAGCCGGACAAUCCCCCGCCCCUGUACAGAGCCAAGGUAGACAGCCAGGACUCAGAGUGCAGCCUGCAGUUCCUCUCAGGGAGCCUUAAGGAUAAGGAGAGCGGGGCUGCUGGAGCGGCAGGGGGGAGCAUGAACAAGGAAUACGUGGACGUGAGCCCCAACAGCUCAGCUGAGUCCUUACACCACCAAAGCUCCCUGGAAGCCUCCAGUCUGCAGCACUGCCAGAGGGAGAGAAUGAGGCCCAGCCCGGCACUUCCCAAAAAGAGUUCUCAACAAUACCAAAAAUUUGGAAGCACAGGAACAGGACUGAGCAGGAAGGACAGUCUGACCAAGGCCCAGCUGUACGGCACCCUCCUGAAUUGAACCGCUCGGUAACACUUUACUUGGACCUGACAGGUAUAAUGCAUCAUGAUGCGGUUAUAAUGCAUUGUAAGACUUGUCAUAAGCACGUACGACCCCCCUUAAAAAUUCUUAAUAUUAUCUCAAUGACUAGAUGAUAGCAAUUUUGAAAUUGUUUUUCAUAAAAGGACAUAACAAACUGUAAACCUUGUAAUAAGACAUGAAAGCUCAUACGUGCUUACAACAAGUAAUGAAGCAUUAUACCUGCCGGCUUCAAGUAGUGUAACCAACAGCUUCUCCUCUUAUGCAUGAUGAUUGUGUAGGUCUCCAUGUUUCUGGUGGCAAACACACAGUUGGUGUGGAUGUGAGAUGUUCUUGUAAUCCGGCGAAGGCACGUUUCAAGCUGUAUGAGAAGCUAUACAGCUGUAGUUGUUGUUUUGGCUGUUUGUUUAUGUCAUGAUACGGUGUAGUUAUCAGAGAUAACAGCCACUAGAUUUCCGUACCGUUUCUUACAGUAUAUCAUCCCCUUAGUCUCUCAGACAGCCAUUCAGCAAGCUCAGAGCUAUUUUGUGGAAGGCUCAUAAGUUAAAUUAUCCCUUAACCUUAACAAUGACAGCAUUGAGGCAGUAACUACUGUACAUGCACUAUUAGCAUUUGAAGUAUGUCAGUAAAAAUGGCCAUUUAGUACCAGGCACAUUGGUAUCCUUUAGUACCAAGCAUAACGUGUCCCAUUCAUUUGGGCAACAGACUGACUAUUAGAACUUCAUUAGCAUGGCAUAACACCAACUAAAGGCUAUCCAUUAUGUAUAUGAUGUCCUGCUUCCAAGGCCUCAUUUUCUCAUCGACAAACUGCAUGUUAAUUAUGCAUAUAUGAAUGGACUGGUUCUUCUAGGCAGAAAGUCAUGGAUAUCUCCUGAACAUUAGAGAGGCACUACAGAAAUAAAUGUUUAUUUCUCUCACUCAAUUAGCAUAUUGAUACUUAGGAGGAACACGUCUGAAAAAUAAAUUUGGCGUGUAUUGGAAUUAGAUAAAUCAAAGACAGAUUUAAAAUACAGAUACUGUCGGUAACACAAUAUCAAAUACAUUGUAAAUACAACAACUGUAAAGUUGGUGGCGCAGUAUGGGCUAUUUUCCUGACGAUAAUACUAACAAUAUAAAGGAAUAUAUUUACAAUAUGAUUGGCAGGAAUGUACCCCCACAGAGCAGACAUUGACAAGAGAUAAAUGAUUUAAAAAGUUGCACAGCAGGUUGUCCAAUAUUCCAUGUAUCCAGGCUAGUGUUACUCUGUAUGAAUAUUACAUGUAGGAAUUUGGCCCAAAGCACCCAACGUUUUAAUGCCCAAAUUGGAAAAAAAAGCAUGAAUUCAAAUGCUGUUGCUUGAAUUUAUGAAUACCCAACAACUAGUAAGUACAUUUUGCCUUAAUUCUGUUCAGUAGCUAGUCUACUCCUUUACUACAAGUCUGACAGUGGUAUUUGUGUGUGUGUAUCUACAGGAUAUCACAAAAGCGAGUACACCCCUCACUUUUGUUGCCAGCGGUUUAGACAUUAAUGGCUGUGUGUUGAGUUAUUUUGAGGGGACAGCAAAUUUACACUGUUAUAC